GAGGAAGUGCCGAACCUCGUCAGGAUAAAGGGGACAUUCUCCAGACACGGACAUGAAGGCUGCAGGACACGGACCCGAGUGCUACGGUGGGAGGAGGCUGACAGCAUCCACGCCAAAGGCUGAUGUCGACACUGCCACGGGAGAGAGAACUAUGAGCGAGUCCGUCGUCGUCUUCACCAAGGACUUCUUGGCCGUUUGUGUGGCUGCCACCGUCUCCGAGACGGUCGUGGCUCCCAUCGAGAGAGUGAAGUUGCUGCUUCAGGUGCAACAUGCAAGCAAACAUAUCACGGCUGAGAAGCGCUACAAGGGAAUCGUUGACUGCAUCAUAAGACUUCCCAGAGAGCAGGGCUUCUUCUCAUACUGGAGAGGCAACCUGGCCAACGUCAUCCGAUACCUUCCAACACAGGCCCUCAACUUUGCCUUCAAGGACAGGUACAAGAAGUUCUUCCUGGAUGGCGUGGACCAGCGCACACAGUUCUGGAGGUACUUUGCUGGUAACCUGGCAUCAGGGGGCGCUGCUGGUGCCACAUCCCUGACUUUUGUCUACCCUCUCGAUUUCGCCCGGACACGCCUGGCCGCAGACAUCGGCAAGCUAAAGGCGGAGCGGGAGUUCACCGGGCUGGGCGACUGCUUCUUGAAGAUCUUCAAGGCUGAUGGUCUCGGGGGUCUGUACAAAGGCUUCAACGUGUCCAUCCAGGGAAUCAUCAUCUACAGAGCCGCUUACUUUGGCAUCUAUGACACCGUCAAAAGUAUGAUGUCUGAUCCGGAGAACAUUCAUGUCAUGGUGAGCUGGCUGAUCGCUCAGAGUGUGACCACCGUCUCUGGAAUCAUAUCUUACCCCUUUGACACCAUUCGGCGUCGUAUGAUGAUGCAGUCUGGGCUCAAAGGGGCUGACAUCAUCUACAAUGGCACAGUAGACUGCUGGAGGAAGAUUGUUCGUGAUGAAGGUGUCAGCGCCUUCUACAAGGGAACCUGGUCAAACAUUCUCAGGGCCACCGGUGGCGCCCUGGUACUGGUCUUGUAUGAUGAGAUAAAGAAAAUUAUCUAAAUGUCCAGAAUUACUCUAUUGAGACAGUUUUUUGUUGGUUUUUUCCAAAUCCUAUCUUGGGCUGUCUGCCGCCAUGCGUGGUGGCAAAGGUCAUGCUAGAUACCCACAUUAUAGCAACAGCCUACUGUCAUACAGCCUUUCUUUCCUACUCCCUGUAGUCAUGAACCAAACUACAACUCCCAGAAUUCCAAGCACUGACACACAUGAUCCUCAUCACUGGACUAUUGACCUCACCUGUUUCCAGUUAUUGUCUGCCUAUUUACACAUAUCUGUUUAGUUUCUCCCUUGUGAAGUAUUGCCACUAUUCUGUGUGUACUGACCAGGGUUUCCCUGUUAUUACAUCUGCUUUCCCCUGAUCUUUGGCUCAAAUUUUCCUAUUUGCAUCUGUUUGCUCUGUUGGUUUUGACCUGGAUACUCACUUUGCAUUUGGAUACUAAAUUGGUUUGGAAAUCUAUCGCGUCUG